ACUCUCGCCGUCGACCUCCUCAACCCCCUCCCCGAGACUGAGAAGAGGAGCCACAAGCUCAAGCGUCUUGUGCAGUCCCCCAACUCGUACUUCAUGGACGUCAAGUGCCCUGGCUGCUUCGCAAUCACGACCGUCUUCUCGCACGCCCAAACUGUUGUCCUUUGCGGCGCAUGCGCGAGCGUCCUUUGCCAGCCUACUGGUGGUAAGGCGCGGUUGACAGAGGGUAUUUCCUACCGGAGGAAGAACUGA